AUGGCGGCCCAGCUCUAUCCUUACAAGCUUGUCGCCUGGCUCCUGGAACGGCUCCUCGACAAGCACGACGUCGCAGCCUUUAACCUGCAAACCAACACGCCUGUCACGCGUAUUCAGCCAUACGGAGAACGGGGUUCGUCAUCGUGGCUGGUGCACACGGAUAGGGGACAGGUGCGAACGAGGGAUGUGCUCCUCGCGACCAAUGCGUAUACCUCGCAUCUCGUACCCAAUAUGACAGGCCCCAUCACACCUGUUCGAGCGCAGGUCUGCGCGCUUGAGCCCCCCCCGGAGGCAACACAGCUCCCACAUAGCUACGUCUGGAUCAAGGGCGCCGAUCACCAGUAUUUAAUUCAAAGGGGGUCAGAAGAUGCCCAGAGCAACGAUGGCGACCACGAAGGGGCCAGCAAGUCGCAACCGGAGGACAGUUUCAUCGUAUUUGGCGGGGAGAGGCCAGCGGCGGAAGGCCGAGACGAAGGCAUAUCAUGCGACGACGAGGUUGACCCGGCCAACAAGUCCAACAAAUCGCCGGAGCCGCUUCAUACAGCUUACGAGUGGACCGGUAUCAUGAGAUACUCAAGCCACUGGGAUCCGUGGGUUGGGCGCGUGCCCGGGGGUUUGCUAGAGGACGAGUGUACCGCCCCAACCCAGGCCACCGGCACGGUUGUUCAGGGCGGGCUGUAG